AUGGGGGCCCUCAGCCUGAACUGGGCGUACGGUGUGUUCCUAACAACCGUGUUCGGAUUUGGUCUAUUUGUGCUCUAUGGGGCACGGCGUCAGUCUUUGGGCCGCCUGCUCUCUCCCGGGCCCUCCUUUCUGUCGGCAAGGCAAGAGGUGACCUGGGUUCCCCUAGGGCUCUCGCUGUAUGCCUCUUUCAUGGGCAACUGGGUGUUGUACUUGCCUCCGGUGGCGGGGGCGCUGUAUGGCUGGCCUGGGGUUAUUGGGUACGCCCUGAGCAGCAGCUUACCCUAUUUGCUGCUGCUGUGGCUCUCCUCCCGCAUCUAUAGCAGCAGCAAGGGCGCAUUCUGCAGCUGCGACUUCCUGGCUGAGCGUUUCGGCCUGCCCUCCCAAGUAGCAGCAGCGCUCGUGUCGCUGAGCAUGAUGUUCGUGAGCCUUUCUUCAGAACUCACCACUGUGGGCUUGUCUAUGAAGGCCUUAACCCGCGGAGCCUUCCCCCUGCCGUGUGCAGUAAUCCUUGUGGCGGUGAUUCCUCUUCUUUACGUGCUCUUGGGAGGGCUGAAAUGCUGCAUUAUUAGCGACGUGGUGCAGGCGGUGGUGAUUGUUUUCCUGUUCAUCCCCUUCGUCGUAUUCCUGAUAUGCAAGGGGGGCCCCGGGGGCCCCUGGGCCCCCCCAACCUUAGAGGGCCUCGAGAUCGAGGCCGUGAGCUUCACCCCCAGCGAGUGCGCCGUGGCCGGGGCCGUGCUGGUGUUGUCCGUGUGGCCCGUGUUUCUGUGCGAUCAGGGCAUAUGGCAGCGAGUGUGGGCCGCGCGGUCUGUGGGGGACAUGCAGCGAGGGUUUGUGCUGGCUGCGGUCCUGGUGGGUGGCUCUGUGCUGCUGUUCGGGACUGCGGGGCUGGUGUGUCUCACGCGGGAGGAGGCGCUGAUGGGGGCUUCGCUGUUCACCUUUGCUGCGGAGAGGCUGCCUGUGGAGUGGGUGGUGAUGUUGUGUGUGCUAGCCGUGGCCUGUGUGACUUCAAGCGUGGACACGUACCAGGCGGCCAUUGUGUCGCUCAUAGGAAAGGACUUGGAAAAAUUCCACCUGUCUUUCAACUGGGCAAGACUGGCCAUGGUGGUAGUCAACGUCCCAGCAGUGCUGCUGGCUCUCUAUCAGGUCUCCCUCUUGGCCCUCUAUAUGGUUUCAAACUUCCUCUGUGCCGUGCUCGCUGGCCCCUUCGUGGUGACUGUGCACCCCAGCAUCACGGCCUUGGGGUUCCUAGGAGGCCUGGGCUGUGCAGCUGUGGCGCUCUCGCUGUGUGGAGUGGUAGCAGCACUUGUUUCAGGAAUUCCUUUUUCUUUUGCGUUUUUUGCGCCCGAGGACAUUUCGUCUGUGCCUUAUUUAGUUUCGUUCAUUGUGGUGCCUGUUGUGGGCGCUGUGGCGGCUGCGGCCAUCAGUGCGUUGGAUCGUCACUGCAACCAAACCAAAACAACAACCCCACCCUCUGCAACUGCCAAGAGCCCGGAAGGACAGACAGCCCCGCAAUCAGCGGGCAGCGAAGCCUCCCAGCAGCAACCGCGUGCAGCUAGCAGCAACAGUACAAGGAGCAGCAACAACGACGGAUGUACAGACACUCCCCAGUCCCACGCAGUUGAAUUGGGGGCAGUCAAAAGCAGUACACCUGGAACAGAGGCGUCAUGCUGUGUGUAA